CGGGCGGCGGCGGCAGCAUGAGGCGGCGCGGCGGCCGCGGGGGCAGCAUGCGCUCCGUGGUGGGGUUCCUGUCCCGGCGGGGCCUGGAGGGCGACCCGCUGCUCACGCAGGACUUCCAGCGGCGGCGCCUGCGGGGCUGCAGGAACCUCUACAAGAAGGACCUCCUGGGCCACUUCGGCUGUGUCAAUGCCAUCGAGUUCUCCAACAAUGGAGGCCAGUGGCUGGUCUCAGGAGGGGAUGACCGCCGGGUCCUACUUUGGCAUAUGGAGGAAGCCAUCCAUUCAAGAGUCAAACCAGUUCAGCUGAAAGGGGAGCAUCACUCUAACAUUUUUUGCCUAGCUUUCAACAGUGGGAAUACAAAAGUAUUCUCUGGAGGCAAUGAUGAGCAAGUUAUACUCCAUGAUGUUGAAAGCACUGAGACGUUGGAUGUGUUUGCCCAUGAAGAUGCAGUGUAUGGUCUUUCAGUGAGCCCAGUAAAUGAUAACAUCUUUGCCAGUUCAUCAGAUGAUGGCCGGGUUCUUAUUUGGGACAUCCGAGAGUCUUCCCACGGAGAGCCCUUCUGCUUGGCACACUACCCAUCAGCCUUUCAUAGUGUGAUGUUUAAUCCAGUAGAACCCAGACUACUGGCUACUGCCAACUCUAAGGAAGGUGUGGGACUCUGGGACAUUCGUAAACCUCAGAGUUCGCUGCUUCGCUAUGGUGGAAACCUGUCCCUUCAGAGUGCCAUGAGUGUCCGAUUCAACAGCAAUGGAACACAGCUUCUGGCGCUGCGUCGCCGCCUCCCACCGGUCCUUUACGACAUCCACUGCCGACUGCCUGUUUUCCAGUUUGACAACCAGGGGUACUUUAACUCAUGUACCAUGAAGAGCUGCUGUUUUGCAGGCGAUCGUGAUCAGUACAUCCUUUCGGGCUCUGAUGACUUCAAUUUGUAUAUGUGGAGAAUUCCUCCAGAUCCAGAAGCAGGUGGCAUUGGCAGGGUUGUCAACGGUGCUUUUAUGGUAUUGAAAGGUCAUCGGUCAAUUGUAAACCAAGUCCGAUUUAAUCCUCAUACUUAUAUGAUCUGUUCUUCUGGCGUUGAAAAGAUUAUAAAGAUCUGGAGUCCUUAUAAACAACCUGACUGCACAGGAGAUCUGGAUGGUAGAAUUGAGGAUGAUUCUCGUUGCCUCUACACUCAUGAAGAGUACAUUAGUCUUGUGUUGAACAGCGGUAGCGGUCUGUCCCAUGACUAUGCCAACCAAUCAGUCCAGGAAGAUCCGCGAAUGAUGGCCUUUUUUGACUCCCUGGUGCGCCGGGAGAUCGAAGGCUGGAGUUCUGACUCGGACAGUGACCUCAGUGAGAGCACCAUCCUGCAGCUCCAUGCAGGAGUAAGUGAACGCUCUGCUUACAGUGAGUCAGAGUCUUCUGCCUCUUUGCAUCAUUCCCCACCACAUGUGGCAGAAGAAUCUGAUGAAACUGCCUAUAAUUUAAGGGCCUUAAGAUCAUCUGAAUCUCCCUCAGCCAGAGAAGACGUGGCAUCCCGUCAGCAGAGACUCUCUGCACUGAGAAAGUAUCAGGAUAAACGUCUCUUGGCCCUUUCCAAUGAGUCUGAUUCUGAUGAAAAUACCUGUGAGGCAGAGCUAGACACAGAUCUCUUUCCACGGCCACGGUCCCCAAGUCCUGAGGAGAAUGAAUCCAGCAGUUCCAGCAGCAGCAGUAGCACUGAGGAUGAAGAGGAACUGAACGAACGACGCACGUCUAUGAGGCAACGCAAUGCACUGAGGCACCGACAAAAGGUGCAAAAAGAAGAGAGGACUAGCACUAACACAGAGAAUGUGACCCCCUACAUAGGUGAGGACAUCUAUGAUUACCCCCAGAUCAAAGUAGAUGAUCUUUCUUCUUCUCCAGCUUCUUCACCUGAAAGGAGUUCAGCCAACAAGGAAGUUCUCAAAGAAAGGACCUCUCCUUGUUCAGACAGCGAGUCAGUGGAGAGAAAAAUUUACAAAGCAUACAAAUGGCUUCAUUAUUCUUACAUAUCAUAUUCAGCUGGUAAAGAUGGUGAAUCUUCCCAUGGAGAUGGGGAAAAUGAUGAAGGGAAACCAGGAACUAGUGGAAGACAUGGUACAGCACACUUAUUAAUUAAGGAAGAUGCUAGGAACUUGAGUUCAGUAGUUCUUCAAGGUUCCUCAGCUCUUCCUGCUGAAAGCCACAAUAAAGAAACUUUAAAAGAACGUGGUUUGAUAGAAAAUUCUAGUAAUAGUCAAACUUAUGAAUGUGACAAUCAGCGGCAGAUGGAGGGUCGAGAAAACGCAUCUGAAGACACUAGCAGUGGAAGUAUAGAACAUUCUUUUGAGACUAAAAAGCUCAAUGGAAAAGCUAACUGCAAAGGGCUGACUAGUUGUGCUGAAGAGCCUUGCAUUCAGACAGCAGGACUUCUGGAACAGAAAAAUAGUCAGAACUGUCAGCCAGCAUCUAGCCAUAACUCACUGGUCCCUCCAUUCUCCACUGUUGCCAUCUGUAGCCUGUCUGGUCAUUGCUCCAGAAACCAGACUGCUGAUGGUGAGGAGAGGAGCCUUGACACUUCCUGCGUUAACCACAAUAACGGCCACUUGCAUCUUCGCCCUUCAUGCUUUAAUAAUGGACAGAGUUUUGGAGAGCAGGAGACUGUGAUUCAAGGACUACGCUCAAAUGCUGAUAAUGGCAACCUUGUACAGAUGGGUGUGACCUUGCACAAAGACCGUUGCUUGUCUGAAAUGGACUCUAACAGCUACAGUGUGAGCACAAGAGAGGAUACUGCUGACUUGCAUCCCACAGGCAGUGAGAGCACUCAGUCUCUCGGAGGACUGAAAAGGCACAGAGUGGAGUUGGAAGACGCCGAUUCAGAGAAUUCAUCCUUAGAAAAGAAGUUAAAAACAUGAUAAAUGCAAAUGUCUGUCGUAGUGUACACUCUCUAAAAAGGAAAAGGAAAAAAAAAAGUAUUAAAGGCACAUAGAGCUUGGGUCUGAAACAUUGAGUUUGAUUCUCCAUUCCAUUCUUCAGUGGGUCUGUUUUAGAUUGCCAAUGGUUCAUGCUGUAUACAAAUCCAACUUACUCCUUAAUGAGACUGAGUCUAGUGUACCCAUACAAGGUUCUGUUUAAAGUAAAUCCUUAUUAAGACGGUUGACUGAAUUA